AUGCCUAACCAAGAUAUCUCCAUCACCACAAAGACUAAUAACGAAAUCGAUAUCGAUUCACAUGACAGCUCAUUACCAGUUGUCAAGAUUUUUGGUACUGGUGGAACCAUUGCAUCCAAAGGUAGUACAAACACUCAAACUGCAGGUUAUCAAGUUGACUUAAACAUUGAAGAUUUGAUCAAUUCUGUCCCAGAUUUGGCUGAAAUUGCCCAUUUGAAAUAUCAACAAAUUGUUAAUUUAGAUUCAAAAGAAAUAAAUUCAACUCAUCUUUUAUUAUUACAUAGAGAAAUUAAAAAAGCUUAUGAAGAAGAAGGUAUCAAAAGUAUUGUUAUCACUCAUGGUACUGAUUCCUUGGAAGAAACUGCUUUCUUCUUAGAAUUGACCAUAAAUUAUCCAGAUAUUGUUAUUGUUUUAACUGGUUCUAUGCGUCCACAUUCAUCAAUCUCAUCAGAUGGUUCAUUCAAUUUAUAUCAAGCUGUUGCAGUUUCUGCAAAUGAAAAAUCAAAAGGUAGAGGUGUUUUAGUUGUCUUGAAUGAUAGUAUUGGUUCAGGUUUCUACAUUACAAAAUCAAAUGCUAAUUCAUUGGAUACUUUCAAAUCUAUAGGUCAAGGUUAUCUUGGUAGUUUUGUUGAUAAUGAAGUUCAUUUCUACUAUCCACCUUCAAAACCUUUUACAAACUCAUUAUUCUUUGAUGUUGAUUCUUUAAAAUUAACAGAAUUGUUACUAUUCAGUUCCAAUCCAACCUCAUCAACAAGAAGACAUGAAUUCCCAGAAGUCACCAUUCUAUACAACUAUCAAGGUUUCAACCCACGAAUUAUUGAACUAGCUGUCCAACAAAUGGAUUCAAAAGCUUUAGUCUUUGCAUGUUCAGGUGCUGGUUCAUUAACUGAUGAAACUAAUGAAAUCUUGAAAUGGAUCUGGCACAAAUAUAACAUCCCAGUUGUCUAUUCAAAGAGAUCAAUGGAUGGUACUGUUCCAAGAGCUGCUCUACCAAAGAAUGAUAACGGUGCAGUCUAUGAAGGUGCUAUUGCUGGUGGCUAUUUGAAUCCACAAAAAUGUCGUAUCUUGUUACAAUUGGCCUUACAAAAAGGUUACACUGUUUCCAAGAUCAAGAGUAUUUUCGAAAACGGUGGUAUCUAUGGUGGUUGA